AGCCUUUAAGAGCUGGAAGAUGAAAGCUCCGAUUCCGCAUUUGAUUCUCUUAUAUGCUACUUUCACUCAGAGUUUGAAGGUUGUGACCAAAAGAGGCUCUGCUGAUGGAUGCACGGAUUGGUCUGUUGACAUCAAGAAAUACCAAGUUUUGGUGGGAGAGCCUGUUCGAAUCAAAUGCGCACUUUUUUAUGGUUAUAUCAGAGCAAAUUACUCCCUUGCCCAAAGUGCUGGACUCAGUUUGAUGUGGUACAAAAGCUCUGGUCCUGGAGACUUUGAAGAGCCAAUUGCCUUUGAUGGAAGUAGAAUGAGCAAGGAAGAAGACUCCAUUUGGUUCCGACCAACAUUGCUGCAGGACAGUGGUCUUUACGCCUGUGUCAUCAGAAACUCCACUUACUGUAUGAAAGUAUCCAUCUCACUGACAGUGGGUGAAAAUGACACUGGACUCUGCUAUAAUUCCAAAAUGAAAUACUUUGAAAAAGCUGAACUUAGCAAAAGCAAGGAAAUCUCAUGCCGUGACAUAGAGGAUUUUUUGCUACCAACCAGAGAACCUGAAAUCCUUUGGUAUAAGGAAUGUAGGACAAAAAUAUGGAGGCCAAGUAUUGUAUUCAAAAGAGAUACCUUGCUUAUAAGAGAAGUCAGAGAAGAUGACAUUGGAAAUUAUACCUGUGAAUUAAAAUAUGGAGGCUUUGUUGUGAGAAGAACUACUGAAUUAACUGUUACAGCUCCUCUGACUGAUAAGCCACCCAAGCUUUUGUAUCCUAUGGAAAGUAAACUGACAAUUCAGGAGACCCAGCUGGGUGACUCGGCUAAUCUAACCUGCAGAGCUUUUUUUGGGUACAGUGGAGAUGUCAGUCCUUUAAUUUAUUGGAUGAAAGGAGAGAAGUUUAUUGAAGAUCUUGAUGAAAAUCGAGUUUGGGAAAGUGACAUUAGAAUUCUUAAGGAGCAUCUUGGAGAACAAGAAGUUUCUAUCUCAUUAAUUGUGGACUCUGUGGAAGAGGGUGACUUGGGAAAUUACUCUUGUUAUGUUGAAAAUGGAAAUGGACGUCGCCAUGCCAGCGUCCUCCUUCAUAAACGGGAGCUAAUGUACACAGUUGAACUUGCUGGAGGGCUUGGUGCUAUUCUCCUGCUGCUUGUUUGUUUGGUGACCAUCUAUAAGUGUUACAAGAUAGAAAUCAUGCUCUUCUACAGGAAUCAUUUUGGAGCUGAGGAGCUGGAUGGAGAUAAUAAAGAUUAUGAUGCUUACCUAUCAUAUACCAAAGUGGAUCCUGACCAGUGGAAUCAAGAGACUGGGGAAGAAGAACGUUUUGCCCUUGAAAUUCUACCUGAUAUGCUUGAAAAACAUUAUGGAUAUAAGUUGUUUAUACCAGAUAGAGAUUUAAUCCCAACUGGAACAUACAUUGAAGAUGUGGCAAGAUGUGUAGAUCAAAGCAAGCGGCUGAUCAUUGUCAUGACCCCAAAUUACGUAGUUAGAAGGGGCUGGAGCAUCUUUGAACUGGAGACCAGACUUCGAAAUAUGCUUGUGACUGGAGAAAUUAAAGUGAUACUAAUUGAAUGCAGUGAGCUACGAGGAAUUAUGAACUACCAGGAGGUGGAGGCCCUCAAGCACACCAUCAAGCUCCUGACAGUUAUUAAAUGGCAUGGACCAAAAUGCAACAAAUUGAACUCUAAGUUCUGGAAACGUUUACAGUAUGAGAUGCCUUUUAAGAGGAUAGAACCCAUUACACACGAGCAGGCUUUAGAUGUCAGUGAGCAGGGGCCUUUUGGGGAGCUGCAGACUGUCUCUGCCAUUUCCAUGGCCGCGGCCACUUCCACAGCUCUAGCCACUGCCCAUCCAGAUCUCCGUUCUACCUUUCACAACACGUACCAUUCGCAAAUGCGUCAGAAACACUACUACCGAAGCUAUGAGUACGACGUACCUCCUACUGGCACCCUGCCUCUUACCUCCAUAGGAAAUCAGCAUACCUACUGUAACAUCCCUAUGACACUCAUCAACGGGCAGCGGCCACAGACAAAAUCAAGCAGGGAGCAGAAUCCAGAUGAGGCCCACACAAACAGUGCCAUCCUGCCACUGUUGCCAAGGGAGACCAGUAUAUCCAGUGUAAUUUGGUGACAGAAAAGCAAGGGACAUCCCAUUCCUGGGAGUUUGAGCGGAAUCUGCAGUCCAGUGCCUGGAACUAAAUCCUCGACUGCUGCUGUUAAAAACAUGCAUUACAAUCUCUAGAACACGAGGAAAAACAGGGUCUUGUACAUAUGUUUUUUGGAAUUUCUUUGUAGCAUCAGUGUCUUCCUGUUUUACCAUGUCUCUUACCAUUACAUUUUUGACUUUGUUUUAUAUGUCAUUGGAAUUUGUAAAUUUACAUUUUUUUUUAAAGAAGAGACUGAUAUAUAGGUAGAAAACCCUUUUUUGCUUCAUUAGUUUAGUUUUAGAAUGGGUUUUUAUUUCCUUUUUUAAAUUUUUAUUUUGCUUUUAACAUUUCCUUGGGGUGCUUGGACAAAUCUAUCUGAUGGGACAAGGAGCACCGGAUCCUCUCUCGAGUUCUGCCUAGGAUCAGCUGGGCCACGUCGGCCUUCAGAGAGCAGUGCAACGAACGCCAGCAUUGCCAUUUGUGAAAAACAAGAGAGAGAGAGAGAGAGAGAGAGAGAGAGAAGAACACUUGUUCAUAGGAGGGCCUACCUGUCAGGGCCCUGAAUCUCUUCCUUGUCCCACCUCAUUCCCCUCCUCUACCCUUCUAAUGGCAGCAUGAUGUGUAAACUCUGCAGAGGGGUGGGGGUGGGUCUAACUGUCUUAACAUUUAAUUCACUGCUCUUCAGAAUACACUCUAGACCCAAAGGCGUGCUAGUCACUUGACAGUGACCACUACAGAGUGCUAAGAAGAGAAGAUCGAGGGCAUGAAAAUGAGGGAGAGUGUUGUUUCCGUUUUUUAAAUGAGUUGAUGUACCCUUAUAUAUAUAUAUAAAUAUAAAUAUAAAUAUAAAUAUAAAUAUAUAUGAAACAGCAAAACAAAACAAACAAAAAAAAACACACAAAAAAACACACAAAAA